UAUUAUUUAUUCUGAUUUCAGUCAUUUCACUCUUUUAUUGACAUUAAUUGAUAUACCAUAGUGUACAUACAUACAUACAUACAUAUGUACAUAUGCGAAUAUGGGAUACUGCACGAUACACGACUACUCACUAAUCACUACUGCACAAUACCAGUAUACAGUAUUUGUUACUUCUUACAGUGAACUUUACUCUUAUUACUAUUUUCUUACUCAGUAUAAUUUUUUUACUUUUCUUAACAAAAUGUUAAGUAGUAACAGAAUUCAAAAUUAAAUAAUAAGCGCUCUAAUAGUGAAUUGAUUACGUAUUCACAAUGGAUAGUACACGGUCGCCUAUGGAUAACCUCUUUAACAUGCUGUCCGGUUUCAGUGCAGGUCAUGAAAAAGCCUUAAAACAAGGCAUUUAUAAUGCCGUGGCACUGUUCUUUUUGUGUCUAAUUUCAGCAGCGGGAUUUGGAUUGUAUAUUAUAUUGAGACCUUUUGUAAAACCUCUAAUUUGGGCUCUAUUAUGUGGGUCUGUUCUAUUCCCUUUCAAAUAUUCGUUAACUACGAUGGUACAAUCAUGGUUUGAAAAAACGGAAGCGUCUCAUACUCCUUUAAUAAUAAAUUUAAUAGUUCUGCCUGUACAAAUAGUAGACAAAGUAUCUGACAGUAUAGGAUCAUUUUUAUGGAAACGCAUUAAGUACAUUGCCAGUGCAUUUUUAUUGGCUGCGAUACCUUUAACUAUAUAUCAUUACAUACCUACUAUAUUAAGUUGCCUUAUAUGGAGAAUAUGUCUAAUUUUUAGUACUAUUUUUGGAUUUUUUAUAACAACAUGCAACACGUUUACGAUUGCUUUUAUACUUAUUGGAUAUUUAUCUGUAUUGUAUAUUUAUUGGACACCAAAUAAUUCCAUACAUUUCCGUUAUACCUCAUUUGUUAUAUGGUUCAUGAUUAGUUUAUAUGUCUCAAACAUAUUAGGUGCUUAUCAAAUUAUUGUAUUUAUAACACUACAGAUACUAUACUUGAUAGGAUUUAUUUAUGAGGUAGUAGGCAUUGUGGAAAACCAAGAAUUAGAAAAUAAACAAAUGACAUUCAUGGAAGCAAUAUGCUUUGCAUUAACAAAUAACUUAACUGCAAAUAUACAACAAGAUUCAUUUCCUUCGUUUUCUAAAAGUGAAAAAGUAAAAAAUAUCAGUAGAGAGAGCAUGGAUGACAAGAUAAAUGAAGAAGACAAAGAAACAAAAGUUAGAAAAUUCUCCAGCAAGUCAAUGUCAUUGGAUGCAACUAAUAGAUGUAUAAUGAAGGGACUGCAACCACCUAAUAUACCAUUACGUGAUCGUUAUUUGUUAAGAAGAUUGAAAACAGAAUUACGAAUGUCUAUAGAUAUAGAAAGUGAUAAGGUUGAUACUGACAAAUACAUGUAUGGUGCAUUAUAUGCUUGCAUUGGUAUGCUCCUUUGGAAACAUAGAUGGAUGAUAUACAUUUUAAUUAUUCCUAUAGCCUUUUAUAUUAUUAAACAACUUGGGAGUUAUUUUGGAGUAGGGAAGAUGAUUGAAAAUCAAUGCAACAUUAUUAUACAAAUUAUAAAAACAUGGUGUAUAGAAAGACAUCAAGCUCUCUUACCAGUUAAUGUUAGAGGUUUAUAUAAAAUUGGAAUCAUGGUUGAUGAAAAAUUAACAAAAACCUUGAAAGCUUCAGUUGAUUCUGUAGUAACAAUUGCUGUGAUUUUUGGCCUACUUAUAUUUACUACUUGUACCUCUAUUUUUAUAACUAUACAGGUUUAUACAGAAGGUAUGCAUCUUAUUCAUAUUACUGGAGAGAUACUCAAUUCAUCUUUAAUGAAUAAUUCAGACAUUGAUUGGUUACCUGAAGAAUGGGAAGAUUCAGUUAAUAGUGUGUUAGAUAAUGCUUACACAUAUGGACGAAGUGCUAUUUCUGAUGGAAUAAAAGGAUUGGUAAAAGAUUUAGAUACUACAAAAGCUGAACAGUUAGAAAAGAAAGUUUUAGAACUUUGGGAUAGACUUUAUCAAGCAUGGAUGAUGUCUAAUGAAAGUCCUGAUUUAAUUGGACCUACUGUAGAUGUUACAGCAGCUUAUUCAGUGUGGGAAAGUUUCAAAGAAACACCUUUACAACUGUUUAACAUGACCAAUAUACAAAACUUUGUAAAAGAAAAUAUUGGGAUUUGUAUGUCAGUGUUGGACUCCAUUUGGAGCAUAGUGAAGGGAAAUAUGUCUGUGAUAUUAACAAUUUUUACAGAAUUAUUUUAUAUUAUACUUAUGAGUGGAUCAGCAGUACUUAACUUCACUCUCAGUAUGGUGGUGUUUUUUACAACGCUUUUUUACCUCCUUAGUUCUAGUGAAAAAGCAUACAAACCUAUUGAGUUAACUACAGUAUUUAGUCCUAUUAAUUGUCACAGCACUCUCCAUGUUGAGGGGUUUGCUGUAGCAUUACAAGAAGCAGUAAUUGGGGUAUUUGCUGCAACAUUUAAACUUGCUUCUUUCUUUGGCAUGUGGACAUGGUUUACACAUAAUUUGUUCCAAGUAAAAAUAAUUUAUUUACCAUCAGCUUUUGCAACUAUACUCGGUGCCGUGCCAUUUUUGGACGCAUAUUUUGCUUGCAUCCCAGCUACUUUGGAACUCUGGUUUACUCAAGGAUCUAUGACUGCUAUUCUGUUUUUCAUGUUUCAUUUUCUUCCUUGCAAUAUUGUUGUAACUGAAUUCUACAAAGAAAUUAAAGGGGGUGGACAUCCGUAUCUAACAGGUCUUUCCAUAGUAGGUGGCGUCUUUUGCUUAGGCGUAGAAGGUGCCAUUUUUGGUCCCUUAUUGCUAUGCUGUAUAAUGGUAGCAAUUAAUCUAAGUCGUCGUUACCUACAUUCGCCAUCAGAAGAAGUUAUACCCGCGUAUGCACAAAUUAAACAGUAAUAUGGAAGUUGUUAAUAAUACUUAUUAUUGAAUAGUUGAACAAAAUUAACAGAUCUUGGUAGAUUAACUUUUAAAAAUAUAGGCAAUGGUAAAUCUUAAAAUUUAACAAGUGCUUUAAAUGAAGUUUAAAAACGAUCAAACAUAAAUCAUAUUUAUAAAUGUUUAACGUUCAUAUAUAGUAUAAAAAAAUAACUUUUAUCUUUAUGAAGAAUUUUAACACACAAUACUAUUUAAAAAAUAAGAUAUCUUUAUCUAGUCUUUAAAAAAGAUAGUUUACUAUAACAUGUAAUUUUUGUUAUAUGUACGUAUAUUUAUAGAAUAAUUGCUUGUAUAUUUUAUUAUUUUUUGAUGAAUUUUUUACAUGAAAGUGUUUUGCUAAUAAUAUAUUUAAAAAAAAUUCAGUAAAAAAAAUCUCAGCUUACGCUUAUUAGUAUUGUAAGUGCGUUAUUGCAUCAAUUCAAUAAAUUAUUUUUCCGUAGUUUUUAAGAUUAAAUACUAGAAUUUGAUAGAAAAAGAAAGUAAACGUACUAUUUUAAAAUUAUUAACUCCUGAUAUUAUUGAUUAAUAGAAA